AUGACCUCUUUGCCCUGCCCCCUCCCUGGCCAGGACGCCUCCAAAGUUGACUUCCCGGACUUCGCCCCCGUCCCGUCGGUAGUGGCUGCCUACCCACUUGGCCUGUCCCCCACAACCGCAGCCCUCCCUGAUCUGCCCUACUCCCGGCCAUAUGGCCACCUUCUGUCCUACUCCUACACAGCACCGACGACCUCAGGAGAUUCUUACCUGUCCUGCCAGCAACCUGGGGCGCCAAACCAGCCCUUCCGUGGUCCCGCUGAACAUCCGCAGGAACCUGAGGCUGAAUCUGAGAAGGAGCCGCUGUCCCUGGAGCCCUCAGAACAGCUCCCACAGCCCUUCAUCAAGAAGCAGCGUAAACCAAGGACCAUCUACUCAAGCCUUCAGCUGCAGCAUCUCAACCAGCGUUUCCAGCACACACAGUACCUGGCACUGCCUGAGAGGGCCCAGCUGGCAGCGCAGCUCGGCCUCACCCAGACCCAGGUAAAGAUCUGGUUCCAGAACAAACGCUCUAAAUAUAAGAAGCUUCUGAAGCAGAACUCUGGGGGGCAAGAAGGGGACUUGCCUGGGAGACCUCCCUCCCUGUCUCCAUGUUCCCCACCCCUUCCGUCUUUCUGGGAUCUCCCCAAGACAGGCACCCUGCCUGUCAGUGGCUAUGGCAACAGCUUUGGAGCCUGGUAUCAACAUCUCUCCCCAGAUGUGCUGGCUCCACCUCAGAUGAUGUGA